AUGUUGACUCGAGAGGCGAAGUAUGGCCCACGCUUGAGGCUCUCUCUUUGUUAUUUAAGCUCUGAAGAUGAGGCGUAUCCUGCGAUGUCUCUUAGAAGCCAAACAAAAUUUUCAUGCGGGUGGCAGUCAAGUAAAAAGUGUUCUUAUCCACAAGAGCUUGGUUUCAGCUUUGAGGGACAAGUAUUUAUUAAUAGUGUUCGCUUACUAUUACACGAAAGCAAAAUACCUUCUCUUGUGAAGGUAUAUAUAGCUGACGCAACUGAAGCAGAUUUGAAGAGUGGUGUGCGAGGUCCAUACGAUUCAGCUGAGUUUAUUGAUCUUGUUCAUCUUCAGAUUAGCAGCAAUGAGGCGAGCAAAUACAUGACAAGAGAGCUCAAGGUUAUUGAUGUCCGACGUACGUGUACGUACUUGAAGCUUUUAUUUAUGCGGCCAUACCCCAACGCAUACAAUCUGUUACAGAAAGUUGGGCUCGUUGCUAUCACGGCUCACGGCCGUGUGGUACAAAAAUUUAGCGAACAUCAGAAGGCCAAAGACAGACCAAGCCGUGAACUCGUGCCAGUUGGUGAAAUUUAUGAACUUCCCCUUGAUGAAAUGGUGCCCAUUUCAAUGGCAGAUUUCGGCAACAGCAUCUCCUCAUUUGGAAGCGUUAGUGCAUCAAUUAGUUUGCAACAAGUGGAUGAGCUGAGAACACUAAAGGCUCGUGCUGUUGUUGAGGAGGAUUAUGACUUAGCAUCUGCACUAAAAUUAAGACUAAAAGAAGAAUAUUCUGAAUCACGUAUGCAACAGUUGAGACAAGAGAAGUCUAAGGCUAUCGAACUAGAGGACUACCAACUUGCAAAGGAGCUCAAAAAGAAAAUAGACGCAUUACAGCAUUUGAAUUCUCAGGUUCUAGCGCCUUCCCCCCACGCUGUUCGUGAUAAUUAUGAUGAUACCUUUCGAAUGCAAUUCAAUAGUCCUAGAAUUAAACCGGAUAAUGAUAGAGCCAAAUCUAUCGAUUGUGGAGCUAGUCUUAAUACAGCAAUCUCGGAAGUGCAGCCCCUGAUGCCUUCCAAGGAAGUGACUGCGGUUAAGGUUGCUUCCCAUGAUGACAUAGUCGUCGGUGGAAAGGGAUAUUAUGAUUCAUUGGAGCAGUGGGAUGAUACUAGCUGGCCUAUGGCCCCAGCUAAGAACGACAAUCGCCGUAUAGACACUCAUGACGCAGGCGAGAGAACGGGGAUUCCCUUGGAUGGAAAUGGUCAAUCGUGGGAGAAGGCACUUAAUGCAGUAAUCGCUGGUCUGUCGGUGGGUCAACUGGCACCUUCUUUUUUAUCAGGCGAAACAGCACAAGAAGGCAAAAAGUACGAGGAUGACUUUGGUAUUUAUGCAGUGGCUUGCCUUCUAUCACGUCGUGGUCAGCUACGUGAGGCUGCGCUGCGUGGGGUUUUGUCAGAGGACGGCUAUGGUGCUCUUCUUUCCCACACUAGCACUGCGGUUGAAACACUAUUAGCCUAUCUGGCAUCAAAAGGCCGUGGUCCAGAGGAUCCGUUCAGUGGAAUGUUUUUUAGGUCUUGUGAGUUUCUACAAAAGUGGAUAGACGGUGAGCUUAAAGGAGCACCACCCGUAUCGCAGCUGAGCACGGUAGUCUCCAAGUUGUUGGAAGGCUUGGUCAACCGUCUCGGUGACACGAAUAUCCGAAUACGCGAAAGCGCCGAGGGUGUUAUCAUGUCGUUCGCACGGUCAUCCUACGGCCCAGAAAAAGUCGUAUCAUCGCUGAUUCCCUCGGAGAAAGAAUCCAAAAAGAUGAUCAACUCCCGCACACUCUUGUCAUGUAUUAAAUUACUAUCCAUAUUUGUGAAUGACUACGGUGUUGAUUUCAAUUUGAACCCGCAUGCGCUUGAUUCCCAAACCUUGGUUUCUUCUGUAGUGCUCCCUAGCUUGCAGAAUUCGAAUGGUGAUAUAAGAAGUGCGGGAAUACAAAUGUUCGCGAAGCUUAUUACAUUAGAUGGAAUUACAUGCAAAUCUUACCUUAACGCCAUCAAGCCAGCGCAGCAGGCACUAGUUAAGAAACAUCUCAAGAUGAUGAAUAAACCUGGAGACUUUGAUCAGGAACAAGGCAUUCCACAAGGUAAGUUCGACUCUGUUUCUACCAAGCGGAGUGCACCAACGUCGGAUAGGAGGAAAGUAGCCAUAACAACGAAUAAAGGGAAUAACAAAUCAUUCCUACAAAGUCUCAAAGUGGAUACAUCAAUCACAGAGACCGAAUUUGCGUUGUCCCACACUUGUCAAUUUUGUGGGGUAUUCAACCGUGAUUUCAACGAUGAAAAGCUAGAUAUUCACUACGUUUACUACUGUCCUAUGUUAUGCCCGUGCCCUCUGUGCGAUCAGGUGACUGAAAUCUGCACAUUACAGGAGCAUUUAGUGAGUGAAUGUGAAGGACGGCGCUUUGUACGUGAGUGCCCCCGGUGCCGUGAAGCUGUGCGUGCUGAGGAUUUAAAAAGCCAUCUAGCAACAAAGAAUUGCAUUGAGGCCGUUAGUACGCAUAGUGUAUGCCCGUUAUGCCACAAACGGUUUCCGAAUAGUGUAAGCGAAUGGCGGAGACAUUUGGCUAGUACACCUGGAUGCCCCAAUAAUCCUCGAAAAUACGACGGAUCUGUAUCUGUGAACUAG